GGAGAAACUGCAGCUCGGGAUACUUCCUGCUCCUGAUGUUCACAGAGGUUGUAGCUGUUAUUGUUGUUUUUGUUUCUGUUGGUUCCGUGAACUCAGCGACGAGAGACUCAGUGAAAACAGCAGCACGGCUCACAGGAUGGACUCCAGUGGGAAACCCUCCACUGCACAGAUCGUGGUUCUGGCCACCAGCUCGGCCCUGACCGGCCUCUUCUACACCAUCUACAAGAACAGAGCCACCACGGUUGCCAGACUAAAGGAAGCAAAGAAAGUGACCAUUGAUAAGGAUUUGUGUAACCUCCUGUCUGAAACUCCAGGAAGAUGUGUCCCCUACGCAGUCAUAGAAGGCGCCGUGAGGAACGUGAAGGAAACUCUGAGCAGUCAGUUUGUCGAUAACUGCAAAGGCGUCAUCGAAAGACUGACGCUGAAGGAGGAGAAGAUGGUUUGGAACCGCACCACUCACCUCUGGAACAGCACAGAGAAAGUCAUCCACCAGCGAACCAACACAGUCCCGUUUGCCCUCGGGUCUCACGACGAGGACGUCUCUGCCUUUGUGCGGGUCAUCCGUCCGCUGGACGCUGCAGAGCUGGACCUGGAGACCACCUACGAGAACUUCCACCCCACGGUCCAGUCCCUGUCCAGUGUUAUCGGCCACUUCAUCAGCGGGGAACGGCCCAAGGGGAUCCACGAAACCGAGGAGAUGCUGCGGGUGGGAGACAGCGUCACAGGGGUGGGAGAGCUGGUGCUGGACAACAACCUCAUCAAGCUCCAGCCUCCCAAGCAGGGCUUCCCCUACUUCCUCACCCGGCUGGACUACGACUCUCUCCUGGGGAAGCAGGUGAAGAGCGUGAGGCUGUGGAGGAUUCUGGCUCUCGUCUCCGGCUUGGCCGCCUGUUCCACGUUCUUCUACAUCCUGUGGAAGAGAUACGUGCUUCACAAGCAGAGUAAGAAGGAGAGGAGCAUGCUGGAGGAAUUCAAGGAGCAGCAGAAGAAACGCAUGCGUGAACUGAACAUCGAGGAGAGCAGCGUGUCGCCCACCAGCUGUACUGUGUGUCUGAGCCGGGAGCGCUCCUGCGUGUUUCUGGAGUGUGGUCACGUGUGUGCGUGUUCUCAGUGCUAUGACGCCCUGCCACAGCCAAAGAAAUGCCCCAUCUGCAGGGCGACUAUAGACAGAGUGGUGCCUCUGUACAACAGCUAAUGUGGACAUUUCACAAACAGAGACUACUCAGCAUUUUACACUGAAACACGUCAUUCAAAAACGGUCGCCUGCGGCUCCAGAUGAUUAAUAGCUGCAGGUUUUGUUUUUCUUUCCCGUGAAAUGGUCAAAUCCUAUUUGGAAACUAUAAUUCAUCUUGAUAAAGAAAAUUUAAUUCCUUCUUUCAGCCUUACAAUGAAAUGUUGUUCUUCUGUACAGAGAAAUACUGAUCAGAUAAGUCAUUGCUGCGUUUCCUGAUAAAGAUAAAUAAUUUAUGUUAA